AUGGCUUCGAUGAUGAAUAGUGCGGCGCCGUUUGAGGAGUGGCCACAAUCCGAGCAAUCGCUGGCCCCGCGAAAGCUUUAUCCGGGAGCGAUGAGGCGUCGUCGAGCAGAUCAGCGAGCCUGCGAUAGUUGUCGAUACAGGAAGAUCAAGUGCGAUGUCCGGGAUAGACGUCCUUGCUCAGGCUGUAUCUCGGCUUCGAUCAUCUGCGAGACCAGCGGCAAUGCACCUGCUGCAGGGGGCGCGGACCAGAAGAGACUACAACAAUUAGAAGACCAGAUUGUGAGACUGACCGAAAAGCUCGCAGCCACCGAAGACCGGGUCAAGUCUCUCUCGGAAGGUCAAGAGAGAACGCAGGCCUGUCUCUCUCGAUUUGUCGACUGCUCCGACGACUGCAGGGCCUCCCAAGGCAGCGCCAGUUUCUCUGGUGUGGGUUACGCAAACAACCUGGCUGGAGGACUGAAUCCCAGGCGAAACGAUGAACUGGCGCCUUCGAGACAUUUCAGUCUUGCUCCACCCUCGAGCCUGAGCACCAGUCCUCCGACACAACUGCAUCAUUCCGAUGGAGAACUCCACAACUCUCAGUUCUUCGGUCCCACCUCUGGAGUUGUAUUCGCUUCGGCGAUCAAAGACUUCAUUCAGCGCCAGGGAGGUCCAGGCCACGUUUCGUCCUCUUCGAUUUUUCAGACUUCGCUACACUCGUCGGACACCAGGGUGCCGUCGUCAGAUGGGGAGAUGUCGAAAGCGGCACCUCUCUUGACGUUGCUUCCCCGGCGGCAACAGGCUCUGCAGCUUCUCGACAUUUAUCGAGUCCACGUCCAGGAAUACACACCCGUGCUGCCUUGGCCCAGCGUCCUCGACAAGUUUGCACGGCUGUACGACAGGCCCGUGCGGUCCGGUUGCAAAUCCGACUUCAUCAAAGACUUUGUCCUCCUCAACGCCGUCUGGAGCAUCGGGUCACAGUUGACAGAGGAGAGCGAGGCCGUGCAGGAGAGCGACAAGAACGAGGUGAGGAGUGGCUGGAGAUUCUUCUCGCUCGCCCGCGACCAUUACGACCUCGCGGCGCCCAAGUACGAUCUCGACGACGCGGCCAUUUGUCUGCUGAUGAGCAUCUACCUCCAGGGAGCGUCCCUUCUCAACACCUGCUGGGUCUAUGUCGGGCUCACCGCGCGCAUCAUACAGGACCUAGGGCUGCACAUUCGCCCCACGAAUCAGCUUGUGACCCCCGCCCAGGUGGAGGUGAGGAAUCGGUUGUUCUGGGGCACGUAUCUGGUCGAUCGGAAGAUUGCCCUGACUCUGGGUCGAACGGUCGCUCUCCUCGACGAAGAAUGUUCCGUCGAUCUCCCGCGAGAUGUCGACCCGGCUACAUUCGGGGGCUCCGACUCGACCGAGAUCCUCCGGGUCAGUGUCCAGACGUGUUCCAAGCUGCGCGACAUCAUCAACUUCACCCCGUCACCCAACCACCAAGAACGAGACAUGACGUUUCUCUUCGAGAUGGACAGCGCGCUGAGUCAAUACUGGGAGGAUUACCCAUUGCGAAUGAAGGACUUUUCCCAGCCUGACGCCUACGACCCGUCGUGUCUCAAGGUCCUGUGCAUCCUGAUGCAAGCCCGACUGACCACGAUGAGACACUUCACCGACACGUCGCUCAACAAAGACUUUCGGAAGUGGUGUUUCACGCGAUCCGUCCAGAUCUCGUUGGUGACGCUGCAGACGGUCAACACGCUGUCCCGCACCGACGACUGGGAGCGGAAGACGGCCUUGUUCUGCAGCGGCGUCGUCUACGGCCACAUCUUCCGUGCCGCCCUGGUCCUCGCCCUGGCCGGCAGCAAGUUCGCCGAGGACCUGGACACUCCGGCCGAGAGGCACCGCUUUUCGACCCUGUGGGAGUUUCUGCGCGCGGCCUCGUCGCGGCGCACCUCCGUCCUCAAAUACCUGCAGCUCUUGGAGGUGCUGGCAAAAGCCCUGGGCACGCCGCUGGGUGAAGACGGCCUGAGUCGGACGACGCCGGCGCCCGCUUCCCAGGUCAAUAGUGAUCAGCAAUCACUGCUGGGAGGUCCUCGAGUUGGCGGCCCCGUGGGGAUGCCACCAACUAUGCACGAUCUCACCAACAGCAACAGUCGUCUACAGAGCCGGACAGAGUACCCGGGCCAGGAAACUGGAAUGCCCAUGGGCCGAUCAACCAGGACGCUAUUCCCCCCGAAUGAUCUGCGGAUGGGAUACAACCCGCCACCAGAGAUGCCAGAAGCCCCCAGCUCGGCAGAGGAUUCCGGCUUGGGCACCAACAGUGCGCCCCAGACGGUCGACUUUGACUGGGAGCUCUUCGACCAGAUCAUGGACUGUGACUCGUCGGCAUUCCCAACGUUUCCACUCGGUCUGGACAUGGACGGAUUCGACAUGUGA